GGGGAGGUCAAGCGUAGCCUCUUCUCCUUUACCAAGAUGGCGGCUUGUCCCUGUUUCGCCACAGUUCCAACCUUAUGAGCUUGGUUUCCUUACGCUGAUAAGAGUGGAGCAGCAAAACCUGGCAGGCUGACAGGCGGCCUCAGGACGGACUCUCUGGCUACUGACCAUUUUGCUGUGGCUCACCUGGAUUGUGCGCGGGCGCGGGAUCAACCAUGAGCUCCGUUGCAGUCUUGACCCAAGAGAGCUUUGCUGAACACCGAAGUGGGCUGGUUCCGCAGCAGAUCAAAGUUGCUACCUUAAAUUCAGAAGAGGAGAGCGACCCUCCAACCUACAAAGAUGCCUUCCCUCCACUGCCUGAGAAAGCGGCUUGCUUGGAGAGCGCCCAGGAGCCUGCUGGCGCCUGGGGUAACAAGAUCCGGCCCAUCAAAGCUUCCGUCAUCACUCAGGUGUUCCACGUGCCCCUGGAGGAGAGAAAAUACAAGGACAUGAACCAGUUUGGAGAAGGCGAGCAAGCAAAAAUCUGCUUGGAGAUCAUGCAGAGGACCGGUGCCCAUCUGGAGCUGUCUCUCGCCAAAGACCAGGGCCUCUCCAUCAUGGUGUCGGGGAAGCUAGACGCCGUCAUGAAAGCCCGGAAGGACAUCGUUGCUAGACUGCAGACUCAGGCCUCAGCAACUGUUGCCAUUCCCAAAGAACACCAUCGCUUUGUUAUUGGCAAAAAUGGAGAGAAACUGCAAGACUUAGAGCUCAAAACUGCAACCAAAAUCCAGAUCCCACGCCCCGAUGAUGCCAGCAAUCAGAUCAGGAUCACCGGUACCAAAGAAGGCAUCGAGAAAGCACGCCAUGAAGUCUUGCUCAUCUCCGCCGAGCAGGACAAACGCGCUGUCGAGAGGCUGGAAGUGGAGAAGGCCUUCCACCCCUUCAUCGCUGGGCCUUAUAACCGACUUGUUGGUGAGAUCAUGCAGGAGACAGGGACGCGCAUCAACAUCCCCCCGCCCAGCGUCAACCGCACAGAGAUUGUCUUCACCGGGGAGAAGGAGCAGCUGGCCCAGGCGGUGGCGCGCAUCAAGAAGAUCUAUGAGGAGAAGAAAAAGAAGACCACGACCAUCGCUGUGGAGGUUAAGAAGUCCCAGCACAAGUAUGUCAUCGGGCCCAAGGGCAACUCCUUACAAGAGAUCCUGGAGCGGACGGGCGUGUCUGUGGAGAUCCCGCCUUCAGACAGCACCUCGGAGACCGUGAUCCUUCGGGGCGAGCCUGAGAAGCUCGGGCAGGCGCUCACUGAAGUCUAUGCCAAGGCCAACAGUUUCACGGUGUCGUCCGUCUCUGCUCCUUCUUGGCUUCACCGAUUCAUCAUUGGCAAGAAAGGGCAGAACCUGGCCAAGAUCACUCAGCAGAUGCCCAAGGUUCACAUCGAGUUCACAGAAGGUGAGGACAAGAUCACUCUGGAAGGCCCCACAGAGGACGUAAAUGUGGCCCAGGAACAGAUCGAAGCCAUGGUCAAAGACCUGGUUACCCGCAUGGACUACGUGGAGAUCAGCGUGGAGCACAGGUUCCACAGGCACCUCAUCGGGAAGAGCGGGGCCAACAUAAACAGAAUCAAAGACCAGUACAAGGUGUCUGUGCGCAUCCCUCCCGACAGUGAGAAGAGCAACCUCAUCCGCAUUGAGGGGGACCCGCAGGGCGUGCAGCAGGCCAAGCGGGAACUGCUGGAGCUCGCCUCGCGGAUGGAGAACGAGCGCACCAGGGACCUUGUCAUCGAGCAGCGGUUCCACCGCACCAUCAUCGGCCAGAAGGGCGAGCGGGUCCGGGAGAUCCGUGACAAGUUCCCGGAGGUUAUCAUCAACUUUCCAGACCCAGCGCAAAAAAGUGACAUCGUCCAACUCCGAGGGCCCAAGAAUGAGGUGGAAAAAUGCACCAAGUACAUGCAGAAAAUGGUGGCAGACCUGGUGGAAAACAGUUACUCCAUUUCUGUUCCGAUCUUCAAACAAUUUCACAAGAACAUCAUUGGGAAAGGAGGCGCAAACAUUAAAAAGAUCCGAGAAGAAAGCAACACUAAGAUCGACCUUCCAGCAGAGAACAGCAAUUCAGAGACCAUCAUCAUCACAGGCAAGCGAGCCAACUGUGAGGCUGCCCGGAGCCGCAUCCUGUCCAUCCAGAAAGACCUGGCCAACAUCGCCGAGGUGGAGGUGUCCAUCCCCGCCAGGCUGCACAACUCCCUCAUCGGCACGAAGGGCCGCCUGAUCCGCUCCAUCAUGGAGGAGUGUGGCGGGGUGCACAUCCACUUCCCCGUGGAGGGCUCGGGGAGCGACACGGUUGUCAUCAGGGGUCCCGCCUCGGAUGUGGAGAAGGCCAAGAAGCAGCUCCUGCACCUGGCGGAGGAGAAGGCCCCCUUCUCACCUGCGCAGGGGACCAGGCAAGUAGCAUCAGGCCAGUGUAUCUGCGGUUGGUUUCCACAGCAAACCAAGAGUUUCACCGUGGACAUCCGCGCCAAGCCAGAGUACCACAAGUUCCUCAUUGGCAAAGGCGGUGGCAAGAUCCGCAAGGUGCGCGACAGCACCGGAGCCCGCAUCAUAUUCCCAACGGCUGAGGACAAGGAUCAGGACCUGAUCACCAUCAUAGGGAAGGAGGAUGCCGUGAGGGAGGCACAGAAGGAGCUGGAGGCCCUGAUCCAGAACCUGGACAAUGUGGUGGAGGACUGCAUGCUGGUGGACCCCAGGCACCACCGCCAUUUUGUCAUCCGACGAGGCCAGGUCCUGCGGGAGAUUGCCGAAGAGUACGGUGGGGUGAUGGUGAGCUUCCCGCGCUCUGGCACGCAGAGCGAUAAGGUCACCCUCAAGGGCGCCAAGGACUGUGUGGAGGCGGCCAAGAAGCGCAUUCAGGAGAUCAUCGAGGACCUGGAAGCCCAGGUGACCAUAGAGUGUGCCAUACCCCAGAAGUUCCAUCGAUCCGUCAUGGGUCCCAAAGGUUCCCGAAUCCAGCAGAUUACUCGGGACUAUAACGUUCAGAUUAAAUUCCCAGACAGAGAGGAGAACCCAGGUCACAGUGUGGAGCCGCCAGUCCAGGAGAAUGGUGACGAUGCUGGGGACGGGAGGGACACCAAAGACAUCGACCCUGGCUCCCCGAGGAGGUGUGACAUCAUCAUCAUCUCUGGCCGGAAGGAGAAGUGUGAGGCUGCCAAGGAAGCCCUCGAGGCGCUGGUCCCCGUCACCAUCGAAGUGGAGGUGCCCUUUGACCUUCACCGGUACAUCAUUGGGCAGAAGGGGAGCGGGAUCCGAAAGAUGAUGGACGAGUUUGAGGUGAACAUCCACGUCCCGGCGCCGGAACUGCAGUCUGACAUCAUUGCCAUCACCGGGCUCGCGGCGAAUCUGGACCGGGCCAAGGCCGGGCUGCUGGAGCGUGUGAGGGAGCUGCAGGCCGAGCAGGAGGACCGGGCUUUAAGGAGCUUUAAGCUGAGUGUCACUGUGGACCCCAAAUACCAUCCCAAAAUUAUUGGGAGGAAAGGGACAGUGAUUACUCAGAUCCGCUUGGAACAUGACGUGAACAUCCAGUUUCCCGAUAAGGAUGACGGGAACCAGCCCCAGGACCAAAUCACCAUCACAGGGUAUGAAAAGAAUACAGAGGCCGCCCGGGACGCCAUAUUGAAAAUCGUGGGUGAGCUCGAGCAGAUGGUUUCCGAGGACGUCCCGCUGGACCACCGUGUUCACGCCCGCAUCAUUGGUGCCCGUGGAAAAGCCAUCCGCAAAAUAAUGGACGAAUUCAAGGUGGACAUCCGCUUCCCGCAGAGCGGGGCCCCGGACCCCAACUGCGUCACUGUGACGGGGCUCCCGGAGAACGUGGAAGAGGCCAUCGACCACAUUCUCAACCUGGAGGAGGAAUACCUGGCUGACGUGGUCGACAGCGAGGCGCUGCAGGUGUACAUGAAGCCACCAGCCCAUGAGGAGUCCAAGGCGCCGUCCAAGGGCUUUGUGGUGCGGGAUGCUCCCUGGACCGCCAGCAGCAGCGACAAGGCUCCAGAUAUGAGCAGCUCGGAAGAAUUUCCUAGCUUUGGGGCUCAGGUGGCCCCCAAGACCCUGCCGUGGGGCCCCAAGCGAUAAUGAUCCAAAAGCAGAAACCUCUCCAGCCUGCUGACCCGAACCCCACCACCACACACGGUUUGUCUCAAUCCGACCCGGCGGCUGGAGCCUCCAUAAGUCGUUGACGCUUACCCCUCCCCGAGGUCUCGCAGUGAAGCCGGGCGCGCCAGCACCCUGCGUGCGCUCGGGACCUGCUCCCUGACACCUUCACUCUGGGACGGCUCUCCGCCGUCGUGAACACUAACCGAGGUAAUUGGACAUUUCCCUAUAAGCGUCCUGGCUCAUCCAGCAUGUCCGUCAGGCUCUGGCCUCCGCAAGGAGAGCGCCACAGCUGUGGCUGAGCCUACUUCCUGUGUCAUGACCUCAGGAAAUAAAUUUCCUUGACUUUAUAAAAGCCAAAA